UUGGACACUUUCACUCAAAGUGAUGCCGGACUUGGUCUGUUUCCACAGCUGCCCAUUGGGCAGCUCCCACCUCCCACAGCUACACCAUACAGAAUAACUCUUGGCUACGAAAGCGCUGCAGUUGGUCCAUCACCGUUCUUCUCUGGACUCAUCAACGGGAAGGGGAGACAUGAAGACGUGCCUUACGCAGCGACAAGGCUGAGCGUCUUUACCGUUGAAGAGGGUCAUAGGUACAGGUUCAGACUGGUAGGUGUUCAAGGAAGCUACGCCUAUAGGUUCUCCAUUGACGGACACAAAAUGACAGUGGUCAGCACAGACGGUUUCUGGAUCAAGCCACAGGAAAACGUGGACUACAUCAUCAUACACACUGGCGAGAGAUAUGACUUCAUCCUUGAGGCAAAUGCACAGUUUGGUAACUACUGGAUUCGAGCGGAGACAUUGGAAAUCAUGCACCAAGGAUCAGGUCCACCAUACAAGUCGCUCGGACAUGUAGCAGAAGGGAUCCUGCAAUACAAGAGACAAAAUCAGGAAGCCCCCGUCAUUAAGUCGACUGAAUACGAAAGCAUCAAGAUGGACUCCCCGCAACGAGAAUGCACCUAUGCCGACAGGUGUAAAGCAGUCAACUGUCCGUUCAAGAAUUUCCACGGAGCUUACUUCAUUGAUUGCAUUAACGUGGAUCAGUUCCAGAUGCUAUUACCCACACCACCUGAAGAAUUGCCCGACUCAAACCCAUGUACUGAAGAAGGCUGCAGGCACUUUAUAAACUUUAACUUUGAAGGUCAUUCGAGGAGAGCAUCUGCAAACGGCCGCGGCUUCCUCCUCCCUCCAGCUCCACCCAUGACACAAAACGAAUCGUUCCACGAGCAAGCUUUCGAGUGUGACGAUCACAAUCCCCUACCAGAAAACUGUCCAACUCGUGUUCUCAUCACUUGGUCUUUCAACGCCGUCCACCCCAUACAUUUGCACGGGCACACGUUUCACGUCGCAAAGAUUGGAUACCCAGAGUACGACCCUGCCACCGGGUUCAUUAAGAAGGAUAGUAAUGGUGUGCCGGUACACAAUUCGGACAUUACCUGCGACGACAAGAUAAGGUGCAGUCUACCAGGUUCAGAGUGCGAUCCGUUAAAGUGUACAAAGCCACGGUGGACGAACCCAACCCAUCCCCCCAUCACUACUGUUCACGACCGCACCGUUCGCAAAGACACCGUCAUGGUCCCGGCCGGUGGGUACGUCGCAAUCAAUUUCAAGUCCGACAACCCUGGACAGUGGUUCCUUCACUGCCAUAUCGAGGACCGCCAACUCCAGGGAAUGGCACUCAUUGUCAAUGAAGCUCCGGAAGAACAGAAAAAGUUUAUGAUUCCAGAUGAAAUGAACAAAUGCGGAGAUUUCACGUUGACAAUGGAGGAAUAUGAACAUCUGCGAAAUGUGGAAUCAGCAUUUCUCCGUGUAGUCGAUCCUCCUACUGCCAGUAGCUGGCCUUGGAAGGUGACGAGAGAAGACAUAACCACUGGAAGUGGAGCAACUUCUUUCCACACUGGAGGACUACUGGAGAGACCUGGUCUGGUGGCUAGUGACUGUGGCUGUGACUGGAGGAGUGCCUCAGAGGUUGAGGUGGACACUCUGACUGGAGACUUCACCAUCCUGCGCAGUGAUCUGGUCAUGGAUGUCGGUGACAGUCUCAACCCUGUCAUUGAUAUUGGCCAGGUAGAGGGAGCCUUCACUCAGGGGUUGGGUCUGUUCACAAUGGAGCAGUGUGUGUAUCUGGAGGGAAAUGGUCGGACUCAGCGAGGCCAGCUCUACACCACUGGACCUGGUACCUACAAGAUCCCAGCCGUCUCUGAUAUCCCUGUCCAACUCAAUGUCACUCUCCUGGAUGGAACCAGCAAUCCUCAGGCCAUCUUCUCUUCAAAGGUGGCUCCACAGUUCCAACACAGUUUCACAAGUGAGCCUCCGCUGUUCCUGGCUGCCAGUGUCCUGUCUGCCAUUAGAGAUGCAGUGAGAGCCAGUCGGGCAGAGAGAGGAAUCAUUGCUCCCUUCCAGCUGAACACUCCGGCCACUUGCCAUCAGAAUGGCCUGUGA